AACUAAUGUUCAUGUAAGACAGAAAAGAAAGAUGUCUUUUCGCAAAGUGAACAUCAUCAUCCUGAUCCUGGCUGUUGCUCUCUUCUUACUGGUUUUGCACCAUAACUUCCUAGGACUGAGCAGUGUGCUAAGGAACGAGGUUUCAGAUUCAGGAAUUGUGGGGCUUCAGCCCAUAGACUUUAUCCCAAAUGCUCCCCAACUUGCAGUAGACAAGAGGCAUGAGGAAAUUCCUGUGGUCAUUGCUGCAUCUGAAGACAGGCUUGGUGGUACCAUUGCAGCCAUCAACAGCAUUCAGCACAACACUCACUCCAGUGUGAUUUUUUACAUCGUUACACUCAACCAUACAGUGGACCAUCUUAGGUCUUGGCUCAACAGUGGUUCACUGAAAAACAUCAGGUACAAAAUUGUGAAUUUUGACACUAAACUUUUGGAAGGGAAAAUAAAGCAGGAUCCUGUCCAGGGGCAAUCUAUAAAACCAUUAAUCUUCGCAAGGUUCUACUUGCCAAUUCUGGUUCCCAGUGAGAAGAAAGCCAUAUAUAUGGAUGAUGAUGUAAUUGUGCAAGGAGACAUCCUUGCCCUUUACAACACACCACUAAAAUCAGGACAUGCAGCUGCAUUUUCAGAAGAUUGUGAUUCAACCUCUACCAAAGUUGUUGUCCGUGGAGCAGGAAACCAGUACAAUUACAUUGGAUACCUUGACUAUAAAAAGGAAAGAAUUCGUAAGCUUUCCAUGAAAGCUAAUACCUGUUCGUUUAAUCCUGGAGUUUUUGUUGCAAAUCUGACAGAAUGGAAACGACAGAAUAUAACAAACCAGCUAGAAAAAUGGAUGAAACUCAAUGAAGAAGAGGGACUAUACAGCAGAACCCUGGCUGGCAGCAUCACAACUCCUCCUCUGCUAAUAGUAUUUUAUCAACAGCAUUCCACUAUUGAUCCUAUGUGGAAUGUCCGCCACCUUGGGUCCAGUGCUGGAAAACGGUAUUCACCUCAGUUUGUAAAGGCUGCGAAGUUACUCCAUUGGAAUGGGCACUUUAAGCCAUGGGGGAGAACUGCAUCAUAUAUUGAAGUUUGGGAAAAAUGGUAUAUUCCAGAUCCAACAGGCAAAUUCAGCCUAAUCCGAAGACAUGUGGAAAUCUCAAACGUGAAUUAAAAUAGAAUUUCCAAGUAUAAAGCAAUUCUCAGGAUAUCCUGGAAGAUAGUAUGUGUGGGAAGGAACACAGCUGCCAGACUUCAGUGCCUAUUUGUAGUGACCCAGUAACCCAUGGAGAGAAAAGGACAGUCCAGCUGGGUAAAGGCAACAAAUUACACUAUACAAGUCUGG